UGUGGUUAGCCUAAGUUGUGGCUUCUUAUCACUAAACGUAUUAGGCCUGCGCCAACCUAAAGCCCAGCCCAUCAAAAGGAAAGCUACCUAUUGAACCCAUCUUCUUGGUUUUGAUUCCGCAGAAUAUAAAUUAAGACGGCACCGCCUGGCGGCGGCGGGUGGAGGAGGAAGAGGACACUCGCUUCAUUUCUCGCAAGGGUAAAAGAGGCUACCAGAGAUUCGAAAAUCGGACGGAAAUGGGGAUUGUGGCGGCAAUAGGUGUGUUACUGCCGUUCCCAUUCUACUACUUUCUGUGGACAAACCCACAGGCAUGGGUUAACCUUUGCGGGAGAAGUCGGGACCCGAGCAAGGUCAUGGCUCAAGUCUCUCACUUCCUCAAGCUUCUCCAGUUCAUAUCUCUCUACUCCGUCUCUUCUUCUCUUUCAUGGCCCCCUCCUUUCUACUUCUGGCCGCUCUUUGGCUUCGGCCAGUUCCUCAAUUUCAGGGUGUACCAAUUGCUUGGAGAAGCAGGGACUUACUAUGGUGUGCGGUUCGGGAAGAUCAUCCCCUGGGUGACUCAGUUUCCAUUUGGGGUUAUAAGAGAUCCACAGUAUGUUGGAAGCGUUAUGAGUCUGGUGGCUUGUCUAGCUUGGUUUCCAUUUCAGUACAUCUUGUUAUGGUGCUUGGGCUAUCUGUUCAUCAGCUUUGUGGAGUCCAAAGAGGAUCCUGCAACUCGUGCUAAGCCGCUUGCUUGAGUUAAAACAAGUUUCAGAUUCGAUUAACACAGAUUUUGAAGAGGCAAAGGGAUACUUCUUUCCUGGAGUUGAGAAGGUUGAAAUGUGCUAUACCCCUGACAAUUUCAUUUACGGGUUGUGCUCUCAAUAACAAGUGUGAUGGCCACUAGAGAGUAGAGAGCCUACUGAUUUCCUUUUAGGUAGGUUUUCUGGAAAUGACUCUAGUAGCAGAAAGUAAGCAGUAACCUGUUAGGUCUAGGUAGGCUGUCUUACAUUUUUACUGUUUUUUAGUCCAUUUGCUUGGAACACUGAGGAU